GGAAACGUGUUCUGGGCCGCUCCCGGAAGGGCGCCUUGGAGGUGGACACGUUCCCUCGGAAGGCUCCGGAGCGCUGCAGAAAUGGACUUCGAAGCAAUUACAAAAUACUCGAAACUGCAUGCCAAACCUCUGGGACUUUCCCUCCACUAUGGAACAGCUGGAUUCCGUAGCAAGGCAGAAAACCUCAACCACAUAAUGUUUCGUAUGGGAUUGCUUGCUGUCCUGAGGUCCAAGAAGACCAAAUCCACUAUUGGUGUGAUGGUUACAGCCUCUCACAAUCCUGAAGAAGACAAUGGGGUGAAGCUGAUUGAUCCUUCAGGUGAAAUGUUGGCCCCUGCCUGGGAAGAACAUGCUACGUUCUUGGCCAACGCAGAAGAGCCCCAGUUAUACUGUGUCCUGACUGACAUCUGCCAGAGAGAGGCAGUGGACCUUCAGAGCGAGGCCUUCAUUGUGAUUGGUAGAGACACCCGGCCAAGUGGCAAGGAGCUUUCCCAAUCAGUAAUCGAUGGUAUAUCUGUCCUUGGAGGUCAAUAUCAGGACUAUGGCUUAGUAACAACCCCACAGUUACACUACAUGGUCCGUUGUCACAACACUCAUGGCAGCUAUGGAACACCAACAGUGGAGGGCUAUUAUCAAAAGCUCUCCAAGGCUUUUCUGGAGCUUUCAAUGCAGGCUGCCCCCCAGAGAGAUGGCCGAGGGGCCCUGAAGAUCGAUUGUGCGAAUGGCAUAGGAGCCCUAAAACUCAAGGAAAUGGAACAGUACCUUUCAGAGAGCUUUGUAAUGUGCUUGGCCAAUGAUGGAAUGAAAGGGAAACUCAAUCACAUGUGUGGGGCUGAUUUUGUCAAAGUUCACCAGAAGCCUCCUGUGGGACUAGAAAUGAACCCUGGUGAGAAGUGCUGCUCGCUGGAUGGUGAUGCUGACCGAAUUGUUUACUAUUAUAUAGAUGCUCCUGGCCAUUUCCAUCUUCUAGAUGGAGAUAAAAUAGCAACUCUAAUCAGCACUUUUCUUAAGGAACUUCUAAUAAAGGCUGGGCAAACCUUAUCUUUUGCAGUAAUACAGACAGCAUAUGCCAAUGGGAGCUCUACUGGUUAUCUGGAACAAACCAUGAAGGUGCCUGUCCACUGUGCCAAAACAGGAGUGAAGCAUUUGCAUCACAAGGCCCAGGAAUUUGACAUUGGAAUUUAUUUUGAAGCAAACGGUCAUGGCACAGUAUUGUUUAGUAAAGCUGCAGAAGAUAAGAUAAGGUAUCAGGCAAAAGAAGAAAAAGACAUCCGAAAAAGAGAAGCUGCAAAAAUGCUUGAAAACACAAUUGAUCUGAUCAAUCAGACGGUUGGUGAUGCUCUCUCUGACAUGCUAGUGAUUGAAGCCAUCUUGGCAUUGAAGAACUUCACAAUUGCACAGUGGGAUGCUUUGUACAUGGAUCUUCCAAACCGACAGCUCAAAGUGAAGGUUACUGAUAGGCGAGUCAUCACCACAACAGAUGCUGAAAGACGAGCAAUUACACCCCCAGGGCUGCAAGAAGAAAUUGACCAGCUCACUCAGAAGUUUAAAUUGGCUCGAGCAUUUGUCCGUCCAUCUGGAACAGAAGAUAUCGUCAGAGUCUAUGCUGAGGCUGACUCCCAGGAGGAUGCGGAUAAACUUGCCCAUGAAGUCAGCUUGGCUGUCUACCAUUUAGCUGGCGGAUUUGAAGAACCACCCAAGGCUGUUUGAUGAAGUGUCACGCUUGG